CACCGGCAGUCCACAGGCCAAUGACGUUGCGACAUUUAUGCCGUAAAGUGUGACGAACAUAUUCUUAUGGAAGACCUCUGAGCGUGGCUGACAAUUCAUUUUCCUGCGUUUUAAGACGUCGUCGUCAUUAAUGACGGUGACGGGAACUGCAUAAUGUCAAUCCCUGCUUUGCUCAUCCUGUAUGGGAGCCAGACGGGGACGGCCCAGGACACGGCACAGAGGAUUGCCUGGCAGGCGCUGAGAAGACACAUGCAAGUGCGUGUGUCAUCUCUGGAUGACUACAAUGUGGCCAACUUGAUCACAGAGCCUCUGGUUGUUUUUGUCUGCUCAACCACUGGCCAAGGAGACCCUCCAGACAACAUGAAGAAUUUCUGGAGGUUCCUUUUUAAGAAAACUUUACCAGUCGGGUCUCUGUGUCGGCUGGACUGUGCCAUACUGGGCCUGGGGGACUCGUCUUACCCAAAGUUCAAUUUUGUGGCUAAGAAGCUCCAUAAGCGUCUGGUGCAGCUGGGCGCCACGGUGCUGAUGCCCGUGGGCCUCGCUGAUGACCAGCAUGACCUGGGGCCUGAUGCUGUGAUUGAUGUGUGGCUGACAUCCUUUUGGCAAAGCAUAGCGACGCUGUACCCGGGCUUUGCCGAUGUGAUCCCACUUAGGGAAGAUGAGCCACUUCCUCCCACAUACACCUUUCAUUUUCUGGAAUCUGUGGAAGGACAGACGGAGGACUGUCCGAGGAUUCCGUCACAACAGCCCGCUCCCUCCCGGUCGUGUCCGUUCUCCGCCAAGCUGCUGUCCAACAGGAGAGUAACUGACCCGCAGCACUUUCAAGAUGUGAGGCACAUUGACUUUGACAUCACGGGAUCCAACAUACGUUUCACUGCAGGCGACGUGGUGAUGAUGCGUCCUCGCAACGCACCGGAGGAUGUCGAGCAAUUCUGUCAAUUGUUGAGAUUAGAUCCAGACGCCAGAUUCACUCUUGCGGCCAGCCCGGGCUCUACAGUCCCCGGCAGGCUGGCCCCCUCCUGCACCGUACGCUACCUGGUGGAGAGCUACCUGGACAUUGGGGCCGUGCCCCGACGCUCCUUCUUCGAGCUGCUCUCCACCUUCUCCACCAACGAGCUGGAGCACGACAAGCUGGUGGAGUUCAGCUCAGCGGAAGGCCAGGAGGAGCUGCACAGCUACUGCAACCGACCACGGCGCACUGCGCUGGAGGUGUUGGCCGACUUCCCCCACACAACUGCACAGCUCAGAGUAGACUACCUGCUGGAUCUUUUCCCUGAGAUCCAACCACGCUCCUUUUCCAUCGCGUCCUCUCUUCAGGCUCACCCUAACAGGCUCCAGGUUCUAGUAGCUGUGGUCCGAUAUAAAACCAAAAUGUUUCAACCACGAAGGGGUCUCUGCUCCACCUGGUUAGCCUCCCUCGACCCCACAAAAGGAGAUGUUUAUGUACCUCUCUGGGUGAAGAAGGGAAGUCUAAAGUUUCCCAGGGACAAGGACACCCCCGUGAUCAUGGUGGGACCGGGAACAGGAGUGGCGCCCUUCCGGUCAGCUUUACAAGAGAGGACCGCCGAGGAUAAGAAUGCCAACGUCCUCUUCUUUGGCUGUCGAUCCGAGUCCAAAGACUUCUACUUCAGGAACGAGUGGGAGGAGAUGAUGGGAGUUGGACAGCUGAUGCUCUUCUCUGCCUUCUCCAGAGACCAGGAAGAAAAGGUGUACGUCCAACAUCGUGUGAGGGAGAAGGCCGCACUCCUUUGGGACCUUGUUGCCAAUAAAGGAGCCUACUUUUACAUAGCAGGAAAUGCUAAACAGAUGCCAACCGCCGUGUGUGACGCGCUGAAGGCUGCUUUCGAGCAGGAAGGAGGGAAGUCCACUGAUGACGCCGAGCAGAUGCUUACGGCCAUGGAGACGUGCGGACGAUUCCAGGCGGAGACCUGGUCCUGAUCGGGUGUCAUCAAAACCAAGAGUACACAUUCCGUGAUUGGAUGCAGGAGAAUAUGUAAAGUCAUCACGUGUAUGCACUGUAAAGAUUUGAAGGCUUUAAAAGGAGCAUUUCAAAUCUGAAAUGUAGUAGUAAACAACCGUACGACAGCAUCAUGAGGGUGAACUUCCUGUUUACUUACGUUACUUACGUAACGUUAUGGCACAGCAGAGACAAGAGACUCCUAGUGUGCUUUUUAUUGAGCUAAUAGCACCUUCUUGAAAAACAUUCAGCACUGUCUAAAAUGCACAAGGUGACAUUCAAAAGCAGCGGCUACAAACAGGAAGUUGAAUUAUAAAAGUCCUCUCAUCAGGACCAGUUCUUUUGUAAAAAAAAAAACAAAAAAAAAAACCUGUAAAUGUGUUGAAAAUAAAUACGGUCAGAUGAGCCAACUUAA